ACUCUCUGAGGCAGCCAGUCCUGUUCUCUUCUGUCUUGAGAUCGAAGAAAACUUUUCUUCUUAAACCACAGUCUCUCUGUCUCUCUCUCUAACCCCUGCAAAAAGAAAAAGCACAGAGAUAGAAGCUGAAGAAGACAGAAGCAUAAAACGAUGAGCAGCAUAGGAACAGGCUACGAUCUGUCGGUCACUACUUUCUCGCCGGAUGGCCGUGUUUUUCAGAUCGAAUACGCUGCUAAAGCCGUCGAUAACAGUGGUACUGUUAUUGGAAUCAAGUGCAAAGACGGGAUUGUUAUGGGUGUGGAGAAGCUAAUAGCUUCGAAGAUGAUGUUACCCGGUUCCAAUAGGAGAAUCCACGCCGUUCAUCGUCAUUCCGGCAUGGCUGUUGCUGGUCUAGCGGCUGAUGGGAGACAAAUUGUUGCACGAGCCAAAAGUGAGGCAACCAAUUAUCAGAGUGUUUAUGGUGAACCUGUUCCUAUCAAGGAGCUUGCAGAUCGUGUUGCUAGUUAUGUGCAUUUGUGCACUCUCUAUUGGUGGCUUAGGCCAUUUGGUUGUGGGGUGAUUCUUGGUGGUUAUGACAGAGAUGGGCCUCAAUUAUACAUGGUCGAACCAUCUGGCAUCUCCUAUAGAUAUUUUGGCGCUGCAAUAGGGAAAGGGAAGCAGGCUGCUAAAACAGAAAUUGAAAAGUUGAAGCUAUCUGAAAUGACAUGCCGAGAAGGGGUUAUUGAAGUAGCGAAAAUCAUUUACAAGGUACAUGAUGAAGCAAAGGACAAGGCCUUUGAACUGGAAAUGAGCUGGGUUUGUGACGAAUCAAAGAGACAGCAUGAAAAGGUUCCUGAUGACCUCUUAGAGGAAGCCAAGGCAGCAGCUCGGAAUGCUCUGGAAGAAAUGGAUGCUGAUUAAAAAGCUUAUUAGAGCUGGGAAUUCACUCCUUGGAGAUUACUGUUGUCUUCCUGUAAUCGGUUCCCACUUUUCCCUUGUCAGAUACCAAGUGGGUUUAUGUUUUUUUUUUUUUUCUUUGAACAUGGGAAAAUUCAAGUGGGUUUAUGCUAGUGUAUUGCUGCGGUUGCAAGUAAUUUAUCCUCAACCUUUUUGGUA